GCCUGCCCACACGGCGCAACGAAAUGUCCGCGCCCAGACGGCGCGAACACUAUUUAUUAAAGCCAUUUCCCCGCAUUGAGAGGGCUUCAAUUGCACAGAAAGACACAAACACGCUUCUCAGAAAUCCCAGCGACUUUCAAGACUCGUACCCUCAAGAAAGCCUUGAGUUUGCAUAGUCUUUGGAUCCCCAGUUCCCAUUCACACAUUCCUCCUCGAAACCCGCUCUCACCACGCGAAGAUCCAAACAAUCCACACCAUGGCUCCCAUCUCCCAAUCCACCGCGCUCUCCAUCGCCGCCAACAUCUUCGGUGUAAUUUUCAUCGGCUUCGGCAUCAACGCUGUCCUGCGUCCCAUCCAAGCGCUCACCUUCUUCGAAUUCGACGUUCCCUCGCUCCCUGCUGACAGAAAAGUCGUCGAAAGUCUCUCAGUCAUCUAUGGUGUGCGAGACAUUUUCAUGGGCGUGGCAAUCAACAUCAUGGCAUACUGUGGACAGCGCAAGGCGGCGGGUUGGGUCUUGAUUGCUGCUAGUGCGGUGGCGUUUGCGGAUGGAGCAGUGUGCUACAUGCAUGGGAAGGGAGAGUGGAAUCAUUGGGGGUAUGCGCCGAUGUUGACGGUGGUUGGGAGUGUGCUGGUUGGUGUUUUGGACAAGGCGUAAAGUUUGAUCGUAAAGCACUUGAUAUUCCCAAAACUAUAACAGUAGCUGGCUUCUUAUGUCCUUGACCAAAAUUACCUUAAUACACUCAUGAAGAUCCCGGAAUUUCCAAGAUCCGAUCUCGUCAAAAAGGUUCAACUGCUAGAAGGCAUGAAACGAUGAUUGGAAUGUGCUCCAGUAAUUACUGAAGACAGCUGCUGG